AUGAUGAUCAAGGCAACGGCAGUGGCAGCUGUGAGUGUGUUGUUGGUCAGCGAUGUAAGGGCUCUUCAGCCCCACAAGCCCAAUGCUCCCACUAGCAGGAUCUCUUCCACCCGCCUGGACUACAUCAGUUUGGCAGCCGCUCCAGCCACUGAGAAAUCUACACAAGAACAGACAUUGCAAAGACAAGAGGAUCUCCAGAAACUAGAGCAGUUGCUGCAGUUGGAAAUAUCACAACAGACACAGACACAACAGGCACCACCUCUCCCUGAAAAGAAACAGAGAGCCAAAAAGAUGAAGAAACUCAAAAAGGUCAAGGAGACUACUUCAAGUUCUUCUUCAUCUAGUAGUUCUAGCAGUUUGUCUGACCGACUGCAGAAACACAAAAAGACCAUUCAAAAACAAAGACAACAAAAACAACAACCAAGUUCAACACAGCACAAUGACGUGGUUUCGCUAGACUCGGUCUACUGGAUCCGUCAAAGCAACAACAACAACCAGAACAAGAAAAAGAAGACAGCCUUGCUCACCAAGGAACAAGAGAUUGUCCUCACCCAACAAAUUCGAGCACUACGAAAAGCCGAAACGGUACGGGACGAGUAUCUGCUCGCCACUAAUCACAGUAGCGCUUCCGAAGCCGAUUGGGCGCAAGCCUGUGGACUCGAAUCGUCGUUGGAACUUCGCAAGGUCAUUCGAUUGGGACAAGAAGCCCGGUCGCAACUGGUGCAAUCCAAUAUGGGUUUGGUCGUUAGUAUUGCCAAGAAACAUCACGCCAGUCUCAAACACGCCAUGGAAGCCGGACAAGGGUCUGUCGGAACCAUAUUGACGCUGCAAGACUGUCUCCAAGAAGGACAGAUUGGACUCAUCAAGGCAGCCGAACGAUUCGAUCCUUCUCGCAAUGUACGAUUUGGGACUUAUGCGACCUGGUGGAUACGGCAACGGAUUCUUGGAGCGAUUCGAGAUACCAGUCGCAUCAUUCGAUUGCCGGCUCAUGUCCACACCAUGCUCAUGAAAAUGAAAAAGGCCAAGAAGCAAAUACGGCAAGAUAUUGGAAGAGAACCGUCCGUGCCCGAGCUAGCGCAUUACAUGGAAUUGCCCGUCGAAAAAGUACGACAAUACACUCACGCGUCGCAAAACGUACUCUCCCUCGAAAAACCACUUCGCACUACGGCUGGACGAUCUCAAAUGGAUACCGAUUCGCGAACACUGGCGGAUACCAUUGCUUCGGAUGCUCCCACGCCACUCGAAGAUGCUCAACGCGAAUCGUUGCGACGAGAUUUACAUCAAGUAUUGCUGGAGCAUUUGACGGCCACGGAACGAGCCGUGCUCAUGGCACGCUACGGAUUGACCGAUGGAACCGCCCAUUCGUUGGAAGAAACCGCGCGGAUUGUCGGUGUCAGUCGAGAACGCGUACGACUCGUCGAAUCCAAGGCAUUGAACAAGUUGCGCAGUCCGCAAAAGAAUUAUCGAUUGCAAACGUAUGUGGGUGGUGGUAGCAGUAGUGGCAGCAAACGCAUUCCCCCCAAAACAACAGCAACAGCAACAACCACCAAGCGGUAUCAGAUUCAAGAAAAUGACAAGGCGUCGGCAUGGACUGUCACAGACCACAACAGCAGAGACGUCGUGUCGCCAUUUGAUUAUGCCAUCAAGACUGCUUCUCCUUCUUCGACGACGACUUCUUCCAAGAAGCGAUCCAAGGUAAAGCUUUCAACAAGACCCACGCGUGGAAAACCACAGAUCAAGAAGAAUGCUUUGACGAUGGGACAGGACUAUGGUAGCAAAAUGAACCACAAAAGAAGUGGGGACGAGACGGCUGCUCUGCCAAAAGAAGAGGCAGCGACUCCUGAUCGGCUAUGGUUCUUUUAA